CCCGCCACAGCCGCCCGCGACGCCCCCGCGCGCUAGAGGGCGGGGCCGCCGCAGCGGUGCGCGGCUCGGAGGGGGCGCUCGCCGGGCGGGGCUCGCGAUGGCGGUGACGGAGUUCCAGAGGGCGUCCUCGGCGGUGGAGGUGCUGGAGGCAUUGGUGCUGGACUUGGCCGGGCCGUCGGGCCUGGGAGAGGAGCCCCCGCCCUCGCUGCCGGCGUUCGGUUUCAGCCCGAAGCCGCGGACGGAGGUGCCCAGCGACGGAGACUGGGUCGUGGUGGUGGGCAUGGAGAGCGCCAGCGAAGGCGUGGUGUCCCACGAGCAGCGGGCCAAGUUCCACGAGGCGGAACGCCUCCUGGCCGAGCUGCAGCCCCUGGAGGCGCGGUUGCGCCGCAAGGUGGAGGUGCGGGCCCGCGCCGAGGAUGCCCGCGCGCGCCUGCUGGCGGUGCUGCCCCCCGGGGCGCUGGCGGCGCACCCCGACGCGCUGCGGGCGGCACAGGACAUGAUCGCCGAUGGCGCGCCGGCCCCGGAGGGGUUGGCCGCGCUGGCCGAGGAAGCUGCUAGCCUGGACGCGGCGGCGAUCUACGGCGCCAAAAUGGUCGAGAAGGCCGACGGCCUGCUCCAGCGCGUGCAGUGCAUACGCAGCUGCUUCCGGGCUCAGGUGGUGCCGCGGCUGGGUGUGGCGGUGGCCAGCGCGGACGUGGAGGAGGCCGAGCGCAGCGCCGCGGCGGCGGCUGCCGCGGAGGCGCUGGAGCGCCAGGCGAGCGAGGCGGCCCGGAAGCUGGCCGCGGAGCUGCUGGCCACGAGCGAGCAGAAGCUCAGACAGCAGAGCGAGGACAAGGUUGGGCCCGACUGGUGUUGCGUGCACCAGCCCUCCCUCCUGGUCCCGGGGUCGCGGGGCUUCGCGCCGAAGCUCGGCGCUAGCAUGUUCAGCUAGGGCCGCCGAGGUGAGAGCCGCGGCGCUGGGUGCCCUUCCGCUGGGCCGGCGGGGUGGAGCCGCGGAGGCAGGCGGUGUGGGAUGGACUAUGUCUGCUAGAGAUGUUGGAUCUGGAGAACGAGUGGUCUUUUUUGUCUCGGCUUCGCUGAUGGCGUCUUUGCAUGUCGCUAUUGCGUAAUAGGAUUUAUCCCGCCAGUGCGGCGUUCGUCUCAGUAUUUGUUUGCGUCCGCCCCGCCCCACAUCUGUGGGCCGUGCGGCCCUUGGCUUGUACAUAGGAUUGUCCGGGGCGGUUCCAGCAGACUCGCGGCGCGCGUAAGAAGCUCAAUCAGUCGAGAAA